AUGGCCUUGAACAAAGAGCAAGCCCGGUUCGCCCUUCUCCGAGGUGCACUGGGGCUUUUCCACCCUGGCGAUGUUCAGCCCGCAUCUAUUGACCAGGCAUGGUUUAAGCCCGGUAUCAAAGACCUGCUACUGGUCAGCAUCGAUGUGGAAUCGAGGAAUGAACGCGGGAGCGGGCAGGGCAGCCCCGCGUAUACGUUUAACUGCGGCGUGUCAAUCCUUGACCUGCGCGAUGUAUGCAAAUACAUUGUCGAUUCCGCUUCUCCAUCGACCCAACUCACCGCUGCGCAACUGGAGCUCCCAAAGAUCGAGGCUCUUCAUUUCGCUGUAGGCACGCAAACCGACGAUAAUCGCCGGUUCUUGGGCCGCGGAGCCGCUUUCGUGAAUGGGUGCGCUACUGACGUCGUUUGGUUAGGCAAGAGGACCUCACUUGCCCAGGCAGGGAAAUCCAAGGGAGAGAAGAGAAGAGAAGACUCCCGGCACGAGGUCGCAGCUGCACCACAUGACUUGGCUUGUGGCCGAGGAACCCCAUGGUCAACCUUCAGGGCCACUACAGCACCGUGGCAAAUUCUACCCGACUCUGUUGGUCUCCAGGAAAGCCCCAGUAAGGCCUGGGUUGUACCAGCAGGGGCGGCAGUCCCCCACUUGAAUGAUGUGCUUGAUGAAGUCGAUCCGAAUCGGGGCGGGGCAACUAGUGAAAGCCCCUCACUCCCUCAGUCUCUUCGGAGAGUGAAUAAACUCAAGAAGCGAAGGGCAGAACCCGUCGCCCAGGCUCAACAAGAAGAGCAGGACCAUUUCUCUAUGUUUAAGGAACAAAUGGCAGAACCUGUCGUCCGGGCUCGCCCAGGGGAACGGCGCCGUGCCUUAAAGUCUAAGAGACGCAGGGUAGAAGCCGCCGUCCGGGCUCGCCAAGAAGAACAGCGCCGUUUCCCUUUGUCUGGCAAUAUUCCUGCUGAGAUUAUGACAACCGAUAGGCGGGAAAUCCUUUACGAGGUGAUCCCGCUCAACGCCAGUAUCUCUAACUAG